UUCGCGCCAUCUUUCCCAGUAAGCUCCGCGAUAGCCCCGACCGCUGAUUGGCUGCGCCGGGAGCAGGCUGACCAGCCGGCAGCGGUUCCUGGGGUUUCCGGUACGAAGCCAGAGCGGGGGACGCUGUCGGAGCACGGCGGUGAGGUGCGGAAAGCGGCGCGGGUGGCACAAGACAAUACGAGAAUCUCUGAACCAGGACGCAUCUGCAAAAGAGCGGUUCCCCAAAGCCUGCCAAGGCACGCCAGGGUUCCCUGACUACCCAGAGAUUGAGUACCACUGGGUUCCUCCAGUGAAGGCCGGCUAGUUUGUUUCAAGAAGCUUUGUGUUCCUGGUGUUGGGAUUUCGGAUUCAGGCAGUGAAGAAUUUUGAAGUCGAAAAUAGCAGCUAUACACGUUCUUAAGGAUCUGCUCCAAACCUAGCAGUGCAUAUCACAAUGAAGAACCAAGACAAAAAGAACGGAGCUGCCAAACAGUCCAACCCCAAAAAUAGCCUGGGGCAGCCGGAAACCGGAACAGAAGGAGUCCACGGGAGGCCCAGCCAGUCCCCUCCGACAGAAGCUGAAGGUUCUGCCAGCCAAGCUCCUGGGAGAACGGAGGGGGCUCAAGCCAAAACAUCUCAGUCUGGGGCCCUCCGUGAUGUCUCUGAGGAGCUGAGCCGCCAGUUGGAAGACAUACUAAGUACAUACUGUGUGGACAACAAUCAGGGUGGUCCAGGUGAGGAUGGAGCACAGGGUGAGCCUACUGAACCCGAAGAUGCAGAGAAGUCCCGGACCUAUGCGGCAAGGAAUGGGGAGCCUGAGCCAGGGACCCCAGCAGUUAAUGGCGAGAAGGAGACCUCCAAGGGGGAGCCAGGCACAGAAGAGAUCCGGGCGAGUGAUGAGGUCGGAGAUCGGGACCACCGAAGGCCACAGGAGAAGAAGAAAGCCAAGGGUCUGGGGAAGGAGAUCACGUUGCUGAUGCAGACACUGAACACGCUGAGUACCCCAGAGGAGAAAUUGGCAGCGUUGUGCAAGAAGUAUGCUGAACUGCUGGAGGAGCACCGGACUUCACAGAAACAGAUGAAACUCCUGCAGAAGAAACAGAGCCAGCUGGUACAGGAGAAGGACCACCUUCGUGGAGAGCACAGCAAGGCUAUCCUGGCCCGCAGCAAGCUUGAGAGCCUGUGCCGUGAGCUGCAGCGACACAACCGCUCCCUCAAGGAAGAAGGCGUACAGCGGGCCCGGGAGGAGGAGGAGAAGCGCAAGGAGGUGACCUCGCACUUCCAGGUGACACUGAAUGACAUUCAGCUGCAGAUGGAACAGCAUAAUGAACGCAAUUCCAAGCUGCGCCAAGAGAAUAUGGAGUUGGCUGAGAGGCUCAAGAAGCUGAUCGAGCAAUAUGAGCUGCGUGAGGAGCAUAUUGACAAAGUCUUCAAACACAAGGAUUUACAGCAGCAGCUGGUGGAUGCCAAGCUCCAGCAGGCCCAGGAGAUGCUGAAGGAGGCAGAGGAGCGGCACCAGCGCGAGAAGGACUUUCUCCUGAAAGAGGCAGUGGAAUCUCAGAGGAUGUGUGAGCUGAUGAAGCAGCAGGAGACCCACUUGAAACAGCAGCUCGCCCUAUACACAGAGAAGUUUGAAGAGUUCCAGAACACACUUUCCAAAAGCAGCGAGGUAUUCACCACAUUCAAACAGGAGAUGGAAAAGAUGACUAAGAAGAUCAAGAAACUGGAAAAAGAAACCACCAUGUAUAGGUCCCGGUGGGAGAGCAGCAACAAGGCCUUACUUGAGAUGGCUGAGGAGAAAACUCUCCGAGACAAAGAGCUGGAGGGCCUCCAAGUGAAAAUCCAGCGCCUAGAAAAGCUGUGCCGGGCACUACAGACAGAGCGCAAUGACCUGAACAAGAGGGUACAGGACCUGAGUGCUGGUGGCCAGGGCUCCCUCACUGAUAGUGGUCCUGAGCGGAGGCCAGAGGCUGCCACUGUGGCCAAGGAGCAGGGUGGUGAGGGGCCCGGAACUCAAGCACCCAGCUCCUCAAGGGCCACCGAAGCUCCUGGCUGCCCAGGAACACCGAGCACAGAAGCAACAGGGCCUCAGGAGCCCACCUCUGCCACUGCCUAGAGAGCCUGGUGCUUGAGGCAUGCUGGGAAGGGAGCAGCACCCCAGCCAAGCCUGGCCCAUACAAGGCUCCCACACCAAACAGCCAGUACUGAAGUCAGGGUGUUCUGACCUGACAGGCCUCUGCCACUUUGCAAUUUUGGAUUUUGUGGGUCAGUUUUACAUAUAUACCGCAUAUGUGCAAGGCCUCAUGCAUUUAUAUCUGUAAGUGUAUAGGGGGCUUGCAUUGAGGGCAGGUGUACAGAUGAAGUCAGUGCUCCUCUAAGCUGAAGAGUCUUACAGAGGAGGUGACAUCUGUAGCUGCCAUCACAGUGAACUGGCAGGGCAAGUGACUUGAUUUCUUCCCCAGUUUGAGGCUCAGACCCCUCCCAGCCCUUCAGAGCUCAUGACAAGUAGUAUACCCAGUCCAGGAUUGAAUUCUGUUGUGAGCAGGGAUUGGGCAGCUGGGGCUUUUCUCGCUCUCAGGAAGAUGUCAGUGCUUCUCAGCCUGGGGAUGCUGUCUCUGCAGAGCCUCAGCAUGGCACUCAGAGCCUAGGACAAGGGACCUGGAGAAUGUUGCAUUGUGGGAUGACGUGCUGGUUGGGAGCCCCUGGGGCACUGCUUCCCUUGCCCUCUGGUAGUACCAGGACCAGGCCAAUGUUGCUUCUCAGUAGCCUUAUCAUUCACAGGUGCCUCUCUAGCCUGCACAGAUGAUUGACAAGAGAUCAUCCAAAGGAUUCUUUCUGAAGGCAUUUUGUUUUGGACAUGACAGUUCAUAGGAGGAUUUUCUGAGGAAGGAAGGAGGGGUGCUGUGGUAGUGGUCCUGGGUGCCUGGCCUCCAGUGUCCCACCCCUCACCACCCCACCUGGCUCCUUAGCCAUGUUGGUGCUGAGGUUUCCUCUUUGAAAGGAAAGAUCAGAUUAUUUAAGAGAAAGAAAAGGGCUGAUGGCUUUGCCAUGAGCUUGUCUUUGGUUUUCAGUCCUGGGAGGCCACCCACCAUAGAUUUCCAUCAUCACUGUCUCCAUGCAGCAAUUUCUGGGCCCCAGGUCCUGCUACCCCUUAGCUUUAUGGUUCUUUUUCUGCUUCUUCCGCCCCUUGUGCAGUCCUUGAGGUUUGCCCAGGUUCCCAUUUCGUCACCUCCUUGCCCAAGAAAUAAGAAUCAUCCUUGGAAUUAAUUCCAUUUCUUCAUGUGUGAGAGCUCCCAACUGUUAUUUUGACAGAAUGAAAUUCUGCAGUAGGCUAAGCUCAGGAAAUCCACAAAAAGGCUGCAGACGGUUCUUUCUGCCCCACUCUACCCAACCCAGAACAUCACUAUGUACUACUAUGUGUAGCAACUCUGCUGAAAACUCUGGUUGCACACCUGGCAGGGUGUUAGUCACUCUGUACAGAGCAGUUUUGGGGGGCAAUAGAAUGAGUCUUGCAAGUAGGGCCCUGCUGAGCUUGGGGUACAGUGCCCAUCUCCAGUGAACUAAGGAAGCCACAGACCAAGAUGGGACAGGUGCAGUUUUGCUUCUUAUAUUUCUUGGAACUAGCUGUUGUCCUGGAGAUCCACCCCCCCCCAUCCCUUUAUUUUUUACAACUAGUCCCCAGGUAAAUUGGUUCAUGAAAAUGCUGUGUCCUCCUGAACCAUGUUUUGACUUAAACCAGAGAUGGCAAAAAAAUCUCCACCUUGCCCCCUGGCAGGUGCCACACUGAUUUACUUCAGAGUGUGUCCUACUAGCCUCUGAUAUAUCCUUAAUUCACACAAGAUGCCCAAUAGUUUUGAGUGUUGAGACCACUUUGUCAUUCCUGGCUAAGAUCUGCUCUCCUGUGGAGAAAUGUUAUGCAAGAUCUUUGUCUUCCCCUCUUUGAAAUCCCUGUAUUUGGAAUGGUCCCUUCCUCUUCCUGCCUCAGUAAGGCCUCCCACAGCCCUGUGCCAGGCUGAAGAACAUAAACUGUCAACACCACAAAGGGUUUGUUGGCUAUGGAGGAAAGAGGCAGAGAGGUCUGCUUGCCCCCUUGGAGAAAGUGGAAAGGCCUACAAUGGCCCACAUAAUUACUUGCCUCACUUCAGCUACCUCUUAAAGCCCUUGGGGGUUUGGAACUGUUGGAUCCCAGGGUGGUGGGAUGGGAGGCUGUGGUAUGCAAGUGGCCCCAGCUGGGCUCCCUAGAUCAGGAAUGUGGGCCCCAGACCAGGUAGAACCCUGGCUCUUGGCUCCAUCCAUUUCUAGACACCCAUGCCAGUCUGUUCAUGCAGAUCUUUUUUUUCUCUUCCUUUCCAUUGACCAAAUCUCACCAGUCACUACAGCUGCUCUGCUUGCUCUGCUUUCCAAAGUCAGCCCACGUGCUUGGGUGCCACCCACCCUAGCCAGGUACAGGGAAGGUGGCCUAUCCAUGAGUGAGGGCCAAGGUCUUCCUCACCCAGGUGAGUCCUGUGCACAUGACCUCAGUUUUAGGACCAAGAGCUGUGUUGGUUUCUUAGAUUGUUAGCUUUUCCUCCAGGGUCCACAGUUAGGCUCAGAUCCCAAAGCCCUAGUUCUGCUAACAGUAACUCAUGUUCAGGACCCCGUCUGAGAGCUUCAUGCACACCAGAUUCCAAGAGGUGUCAGCAGCACUUCUUUAUUUGUCAUUUGUUUUCUGUGAGGUUUUUGGACCAUGGGCUGAGCUCAGGCACUUUCUGUAAGAAUGUUAUUUCUGUAAAAAUGGUUAUUUAUCCCUCCUCCAUCCCCAUCGUGGUGGGCCUGCUGAGGGUUGACCAAGAGGCCAUUGGAGCUGUCCUGGUAGUGGAGAGGCUGAGGCCUGCCAAGCUACUGCUCCAGCCCUCCCACCUUGCACAGCACUGCAGUGGUCGCCCAGGACAGCCAGGCUCCUGCCUGUUCCUCUCACUCUGCCUGGGGGGAGGACUGCCUCUGUCCUUGUAACUGCUUUCUUUAUGGCCCCACCUGGCCACCCAGACUUGUAUAAAAGUUGUGCUGACAGCUCCCCUCCCUCUUUUGGUAUUCACAACAGCCAGAGACUUGAUAUUGAUGUAUUUUAAACCACAUUAAAUAAAGUCUGUUGCCUUACUUGUUUCUGU